CUCCCCUCUCUCUCUCCCACCUCUGACCCCUCCUCCACUUCUGCCGCCUGGUAACAAAACCGCUGGUUCCCGACACACGCACGGCGGCGCUGGCUGGCUGAAUGGCUUCCCUACAGAGAGGCCUGCGGCCCUGAAGGAGCCCGGGGCGCUGGCCACGGGGACCUCGGGGCCGCUGCUGGGUAGGAGACCCUCCCGCGUGCAGGGGGCGGAGGCGGGCGCGCCGGGAGGUUCCCAGCUCCCGCCAGCACAGCCCGGGAGGGGCAGCCGCUGUGCCGCCGCCGCAGGCCCCGCUCCCACCCGCCGCCCAUCCCCCGGCUCCCGCGGCCCCGCGGCGCCCCCUUCCGCGGACUCCACGGGACCCUUCCUGGCCGGCGCUGUGCGCUGGAGAAGGUUUCGCGGUGCACGCAUGGCGGCAGGGGCGGCCGAGCGGAAGGCGGCGCCGGUGCUGGAGGCGCUUCCGCAGCAAGAGCAGAUCUCUCAUACAAAGCUUUCUGCAGAAGAUGCAUGGAACCUGCAGCAGGAGAGGAUGUACAAGAUGCACCGCGGCCACAAAUCCAUGCACGUGGAAAUGAUCUUGAUCUUCCUCUGCGUUCUGGUCAUUGCCCAGAUAGUGCUGGUUCAGUGGAGACAGAGGCACGGCCGAUCCUACAAUCUGGUGACCUUGUUGCAGAUGUGGGUUGUCCCCUUAUAUUUCACUAUAAAACUAUACUGGUGGCGGUUCCUGUCUAUGUGGGGGAUGUUCUCCGUUAUUACCAGUUACAUCCUCUUCAGAGACCGAAAACCCCUCUUUGGGAGGACACCACAAUUGGUCUACAAACGGUUUCUUCUGAUCUACAAACUCAGCUAUGCAUUUGGUGUUCUGGGUUACUUGGUGAUCAUGUUUACAAUGUGUGGAUUCAAUCUGUUUUUCAAAAUCAUAGCUAGAGAUUCCAUGGAUUUUGGCAUUGUGUCUUUGUUCUAUGGCCUCUACUAUGGAGUAAUGGGGAGAGACUUUGCCGAGAUCUGCUCAGACUACAUGGCUUCCACCAUAGGGUUCUACAGUGUCAGCGAGAUGCCUACAAGGAGCUUAUCAGGCAACAUCUGUGCAGUCUGUGGGCAGAAGAUUAUUGUGGAGCUUGAUGAAGAAGGACUCAUUGAAAACGCCUACCAGCUUUCCUGUAAUCAUGUCUUUCAUGAGUUCUGCAUCCGAGGUUGGUGUAUCGUAGGGAAAAAGCAGACGUGCCCUUACUGCAAAGAGAAGGUUGAUUUGAAGAGGAUGAUCAGUAAUCCCUGGGAGCGCACACAUUUUCUGUAUGGACAAAUCCUGGAUUGGCUUCGUUACUUGGUAGCCUGGCAACCUGUGGUGAUAGGAAUAGUUCAAGGCGUUAACUAUUCACUAGGGCUGGAAUAGUAAAGCAGACUUAUCCCAGAGGCAAUCAUGGUUGAAAUCCCUGGUCCUACAUUUAAUACAAUUUUUUUUUUAUUUUAGAGAUGAUCCCAAGUGUUUAGAAAACUAAGUAAGUUUUGUUGUCAUACUUAAAGCAAUUUGCCUAUGUGGAAAGAAUUUAAAGAGAAACUGAACCAUGGAAUAAACAAAUAAAGCAUAUUUUUUCAUCUUU